AUGACAAUAGAAUCAGUAAAUACAGAUCCAAAUAUAACAAGAAUAUAUAUAGUUCGUCAUGGACAAACAGAUCAUAAUGUUAAAAAAAUCCUACAAGGUCAUAUAGAUACAAGUAUGAAUACAACAGGGUUAAUACAAGCUGAAAAAUUAGGUGAAUUUUUCAAAAAUUUACCAAUUGAUUAUUUCUUAUCGUCAGAUUUAAUAAGGUGUAAACAAACUUUGAAUGAAAUAUUGAAAAAUCAGGAUUAUGAUGAAUCUUCAAUACGCUAUACUUCAAAUUUAAGAGAAAGAGAAAUGGGACCAGUACAAAAUAUGUUAUUAAAAGAUGCUUUGGAAAAAUAUGGUCCGAAUUUUAGAAAUUUUGGAGAAAAAGAAGAACAAUUAUGUUCAAGAGUAGAGACAGAAUUCAACAAACUACUAGAUCUGGAUUAUAAAAACGUUAUAUUUUGUACUCAUGGUGGAGUUAUUACAAGAUUUUGUAAUUAUUUACAUCUGGAUUUGGGAUUUGAAUUAAAUAAUGGAUUGACUCCUAAUGAUUUAAGAGUUCCUUUCAAUACUUCCAUUACUGUUGUUGAUUAUGGUAAAAGUGCAAAGAAAGGGGUUAUUCAACUGUUUGGUGGAACUGAUCAUCUUGGUGGUAAAUUUGAAGUGAAAGAUCAGUUAUUGAGAUAG